CGGAAGGAGCCCGCGGAGCUGCGUAGUUGAAUUAAGUGCGAGCGGGGCGAGGGAGCGGAGGCUGCAGGAACUGACCGAGAACCCACUGGGAACAUGCGCCCCUCCAGGCUCUACACUUUGGUUUUGGUGAUUCAGCCUUCAAGAGUUCUCCUGGGCAUGAAGAAACGAGGCUUCGGAGCUGGCCGGUGGAAUGGCUUUGGGGGUAAAGUUGAAGAAGGGGAGACCAUCAAAGAUGGGGCCAAGAGGGAGCUGCAGGAGGAGAGUGGUCUGACUGUGGACACACUGCACAAGGUGGGCCACAUUGUGUUUGAGUUCGUGGAUAAACCCGAGCUAAUGGACGUGCACAUCUUCUGCACAGACAGUGUUCACGGGACACCCGAGGAGAGCGAGGAGAUGCGCCCUCAGUGGUUCCAGCUGGACCAGAUCCCCUUUAGUGACAUGUGGCCUGAUAACUGCUACUGGUUCCCCCUCCUGCUUCAGAAGAGGAAGUUCCAGGGGUACUUCAAGUUCCAGGACCAUGAUACCAUCAUGGACUACACGCUUCGUGAGGUGGACGUUGUCUAGAGGAGGAACAGGCAGGCUC